CUCCGGAUUCCUAGGCGGGCAGCGGAAGUAGCCUCGUGGUCCUGGGCGCUUUUUGCUCCGCUGUUCUGGGCUCCUGGUUGGCCCGCGGGAUGUUGGCUCAGGUUUUCCGUUAACUACCGGCCAGGGCUAGUCUCCAGGGAGCACCACCAGCCAUCCCCAGAGCUGCGGGAGUGCUCUGGUCUUAAGAUUCCUCCUGAUUUCUGGGAUGUUAAGACAAGUGAAUCCUAUCCUGAGCCAUUGCAAACUAAGAUGUCCACCAAGUUGAGAGAAGGUGCAGCCUUGACUCCCGUGGUCCACAUUCGAGAGGAGCAUGAGGGUCUGAGAAUAGUGAAGGUAGAGGAAGAGGAGGACCAUGCUUGGGAACAGAAGCCUGGACAGCAAGGAAACGAGUACAAUUAUCAGGAACUCCUCCGCCGGCGCUUCAGGCAGUUCCGUUAUCAGGAGGCCCCCGGACCUCAAGAAGCGCUGAGCCAGCUUCGGGAGCUCUGCCAAAAGUGGCUGCAGCCUGAGCUGCACAGCAAGGAGCAGAUCCUGGAGCUACUGGUGCUGGAGCAGUUCCUGACCAUCCUGCCCAAGGAGCUCCAGGCCCGGGUAUGGGGCUAUCAUCCAAGGAGUGGAGAGGAAGUGGUGACUGUGCUGGAAAAUCUGGAGACAGAACUUGGAGACAAAGGACAACAGGUCCCAGGCAGUGCACACUACAAACAAGUGCUGUGGAAGGAAGUAGGACCUGGAAGCCUUGCAGGUCAGUCACUGACUGUCCAGCUAAAGUGUGAUCCGUGGGAGCACAUUCCUCUGCAAGAGAAUGCAGGAGGUGAGACAAGGAAUAUGACUGGUGAAUUUGCUCUGAACCAGAUUUCUGAAGAAAGGAAUUCACUGGAUGCUUUCCAGCAUCCAAAGUGUGGAGAAACUUUUCUUCAAUGUAGGGGUAAAUCAGAACAGCCAAAGGCCAACCCCACAAGAGUAAAACGACAUAAGUGUAAAGAGUGUGGGAAGGCCUUUGCUCAGAGCUCGGGGCUUGUUCGACACUGGAGAAUUCACACUGGAGAGAAACCUUAUAAAUGCAACCAGUGUGGGAAAGCCGUCAGUUAUAAAUCUGCCCUUCUCUCACAUCAGGAAAUUCAUAAUAAAAUAAAACGCUAUCAGUGUAAUGAAUGUGGGAAAGCCUUCAGUCAAAACACGGGCCUUGUUCUUCAUCAGAGGAUCCACACUGGGAAGAGACCUUACAGGUGUAAAGAGUGUGGUAAAUCCUUCAGUCAAAGUUCACACCUUAUCGGACAUCUGAGGAUCCACACUGGAGAGAAACCUUUCAAAUGUAAUGAGUGUGAGAGGGCCUUUACUCAGAGGUCAGGGCUCAUGGAACAUCAGAGAAGUCACACUGGAGAGAAACCCUAUACGUGUAAGGAAUGUGGGAAAGCCUUCCGAGGGAGCACCAGCCUUACUCAGCACCUGAGGAUCCACACUGGGGAGAAGCCCUAUCAGUGUGAGGAAUGUGGCCGAGCCUUCAUCCAGAGGUCAAGCCUGGUUCGUCAUCAGAGGACUCACAGAGGGCAGAAGUCUGUGUCUGUAUCCUAAUUAUGAGAAGGCCUUUAAUCAUAAACCAGGCCUUACUGAACACUUUUGAAAGCUAUGCCGAAUGCAGACCCUGUCACUGUGUCAUAAAUUCAAGAGAUCGGGGUGUGGUGUCUCCAUUACCAUUGUUAUUCUAGGUAGUCAAACUAGGAAGAGGUUCUGAUACCCUACAUCAGGUUGAAAGAAGCUGGUAACUAGUCUCUGGAGCAAACCAUUCCCAUUUGGGCUUGAGUCUGUGGUGGAUGCUGCUAUUCUUUCUCCCAUCCUAUUGGUCCUUCUCCUUUGUGGUCCUUCAGCACUUUUGCUCCUUGAAUUCACUAUCAUCACAUACCCUGAAUAGCCUGACGAUACAGUGGCUCUCAGAUUUUGAACAGAGAACCCCUGAGAUUGUUAGUGUGCAUACUAUGCAAAGGAGAACUUAGCAGGAUGAGUGGGGAAAGUGAUGUUGUUGUUAAAGUUAUAUAAAUGAGGGGUAAGCUAGGUAAGUUGAGUCUAAAAAUGACUCCUCAAAAAAAAUAAAUAAAAGACCUCUAGUAACACAGCUUGCUGUUUUGUCACUCUGUUGGUGAGGGAGGAAGUCCCCCCCAGUGGUUCUGCGAACAGCCAAACACAUGACACCAGACCCUGGCAUGGACAGAUGAGAUUGACAGCAGUUUAUUAGUCACAUAUACUCACAGCCCAGGGGAGGAGGGCCACUUGGGGGCAGAGUGAACAAACAGCUUUGGAAUGCAGGCUUUCUAGUACAAGAUGGGGUGAUCCCUGGUUUCCUUGGGGGGAUGUGAUUGGCUUCUUUGAAUAAUUCUGUGGGCAGGGAAGGAGGUGAAACCCAUUAGGUUGAAGACCAGGUGGAGUGCAGCUAGUCCAGCUGGUGGGGAACUAGCCAGUGGGGAUCAUUUACUGCUGCGUGGGAGGCAUAUAUGGCAAGAGCAGGGGAACCCAUGGUUAGGCCUUUGGGUCCCUGCGAGGCUCAAAGAUGUGAAGGCAACACAGGAAGUUUUAGGCCUUGCUGCUCACUCUGUCAACUUAGAAAAAAGGCAUAGUUUUUAGGAAAGAACUAUGUGUAUCUGUGCCCUCAACUCUGCUCUUUAUUCAUGUCCUUUUUUUUUCCUUUUUUGUUUUAAUCUCAGCGAUAUACAUUUCUCCUCCAGUUUAUCUCUAGGGGAAAAAAAAAUCCCAGAAAUACCUCUGACCAUCCAGCACACCAGCUGGACUUGAUCGCAUAUUGGUAGUGGGACUAAAGAGACAUCAGGUAGCAAGCAGAGUCUGUACUGCUUCUCUUACGUGCUUCUGACUUUCUUAUGCUACAACCCAGUAGAUACCUCAAGCUCAGCUCCCUCACUCUCUGUAAUCACCUGGAUGCUUAUGUCCUCAUUAUGCUUUAGUUUAUCUUUUCAGCCACUGGAACAGUCUGAAAAGCAUUGGUGUUGUCUUCUACUUAGACUUUGAAUGAAAUGUGCUUUUUACUAUUAGGAGAAUUUGAGAAAGUUUGUAAGUUUGAACGUGUAUAAAAGUAGAAUAUUUCACUAUAUUCAUAUUUUUAUGGGGACGGUAUAAAUAAAUACCAACCAAGAAACUCUGGAGGUGCUAAUCAUUCAUCCUUACUGCUAUCAAACCACUUAUUUUGUCUUGCCUUGUACAAAAUACCUGGGAGAUCGAAGUCUACAAGGUCAGAGGGAAAUCAGUAAAUACCUAUGACAAAAAUAGAAGUGGAUAGAACAUUAAAUUUCCCUUAAGUUAGACACUUUGAAAUUUAAAAUACAGACUUUCACAGAACACUUGUACAUUUGAGUAAUUUUCAACCAACUGUGUGAAUUCUCCCGUGAAAUGUGCUGAUGCACUGAGCUUUCCUGGCAGUAGGAACUAUGCCAGAGGUGGAAACUGGCAUCCUCAGGAUCAGAUACAUUUGGCGGACAUUUGUGUAGCUCAUUCAUUGUUUUUAAGAACUGAAUUCUCUGCCAGCUUUAAAAUUUUAGAUUUUUACGUAGAAAUACAGAUUUCCAUAUUAUUUUGAAAAAUUAAGAUCAGGCAUCACAGUGAAAUCUCUUACCCUCCAGUUUAUUCCGUGCCCCACCCUCCAGUUUUAUUUGAAUUUGCUUAUCUGGAGAAUGACUACUUCAUAGGAGGGUUUUAUUUAGUGAUAGAGGUAAGUAAAUAGAAACAAGGUGAAGUCAUCC